AUGGCUAAUAAUCUGUCACUGCGGAGCAUCUUGGAUGCAACUAAACUCACUGGCCCAAACUUCCUCGAUUGGUUUCGGAACCUCAAGAUCGUCUUAAAACAGGAGAAGAAAUACUAUGUCCUUGACACUCCUAUUCCACCAGUCCCUGUUGCUGAUGCUAGUGUUGAGGGAGCACCAGUUCUAUUUGUCAAGAAGAAGGAUGGCACUCUUCGAUUGUGUAUUGAUUACCGUCAGCUGAACCGAGUGACCAUCAAUAAUAAAUAUCCUUUACCCCGGAUAGAUGAUCUUUUUGAUCAAUUACGAGGUGCUAUGGUAUUCUCUAAGAUUGAUUUGAGAUCUAGGUACUAUCAGUUGAGGAUUAAGGAGCAGGAUGUACCCAAGACUGCUUUCAGGACGCGUUAUGGGCAUUAUGAGUUUUUGGUAAUACCGUUUGGUUUGACUAAUACCCCUACAGUUUUUAUGGAUCUUAUGAACAGGGUGUUCCAUCCAUACUUGGAUAAGUUUGUGAUAGUAUUCAUAGAUGACAUCCUGGUUUAUUCGAAGAAUGAUGAUGAACAUGCUGUCCAUUUGCGCAUUGUGUUGCAAACUUUGCACGAGAGACAACUCUAUGCCAAGUUCUCUAAAUGUGAAUUC